GUCAAAACCAAUGGAAGAGGAGAUUGAAUGGGCAGACUUGUUUUUCCCCCAUGGUUAUCAACAUGUGUGUCAGAUCCGACAAAUAUAGUUGUGUUUGCCCCGUUUGCUAACUUGUUUGUGUCUUGUUUCCAUCUCAUCAGUAAUAUCAGAGCUUCUAACUGCAGAAAUGGAUGCAGCUGCUAUUUCUAAUUUUGCAUUCCACCUGUGCAUUGAUUCGGAGACCUUUUCACAGGCCUAGAAUUCAACUUCGGAAGCCAUCUGAUUGAUCAAAAGAUGCAGUGCCUCUCUCUGAUGCAGAAGAACCGAAUGAAAAUGGAAAACCCUCUUGGAUUCCUCUGCCUCAUCACAUUUGUGUGAAUUGAUGCACCCGAAGGAAGCAUUUAGCAGGGUACCAUGGAGAACUACUGCAUCACCAAGGAACACCUCACCUCCCUCAGAAGAAGAAGAAGAAGAAGAAGAGGAGGAGGCACCCACCCAGACGAAAGCAGCACAGGAAAUGAAAUGGAGAAAGGAGAAAAAAGGCAUCAGGUGAACAAGUAGUAGCAGUAACUUUUGUCUGAGAGUUGGAAAUUCAAAAAAAGCAGUGCACAAGUGAGAAGCAUAAGUGGGAGUACACUGUACUCCAACCCUUCUUUCCUCGGUCGCUCGGGCAGAUUGCAGACACCCACAUGCCGUCCAAUUAUAAUAUCACCUCUCCCUCUGUCUUCUGAGGCUCGUCGCAGCCCGCCCCCCGCUCUCCUUUUGCUUGUGGGUUUCUGCAAAGGUGGCAGGGGAGUCAGAGAGCAGCAGCAGCAACAAAAGGCAGCAGAGGAACAGCAGCUGGGUUCAGAGAUGGGCGAGGAGAGCGCUGCAUCCCUGACCCUGCCCUUGCUUCUCCAUCUGAUGUCAGUCGCAAUAAGAACUGCGCACUGUCAUCAGGUGGCAGUGUCAGCGGCUGCACCCCCUCCUGACACCAUUCAUUUUAAACACACUGCUUUGCAAUCGAAACGCAGCUAAAGCCAUAUUCUGACCACAGUGCAGUGGAUGUUACAAGUUGAUGCCGCUGCCUCUCUCCUCCUCCUCUCUUUCUUUGAUGCUUGCCAGUGCCAGCUUUCUUUUCUUUCUUCAUUCCCCCGCUUCUCUUCGUUGGUGCUGCGGUUUUGGUUCGAGUGAGGAGGAGGAGGAGGAGGAUGAUGAUGAUGGUGGUGGGCGGGGGCAGCAGGUAUCCCUUCACUGCAUCCCAGUGGCAAGAGUUGGAGCUCCAAGCCCUCAUCUUCAAGUACAUGGUUUCAGGCAUCCCCGUGCCUCCCGAUCUCAUCCUCUGCAUCAGGAGGAGCCUCUUCGUGGAGCCUCAAACUCUUCCGUUCCUUCCUCAUCGCCCCACGGUUGGAUGGGAAGCUUAUCAGGUGGGUGACGGUAGGAAGGCAGUGGAUCCGGAGCCAGGGAGGUGCAGAAGAACAGAUGGGAAGAAGUGGCGGUGCUCCAAGGAGGCCUUCCCUGACUCCAAGUACUGCGAGAGGCACAUGCACAGGGGGAAGAGCCGUUCAAGAAAGCCUGUGGAAUUGUCUUUGGCCACCACCCCAAUCUCCUCCCACUUCCCUCCUCCCACUGCUCCUCCUCCUCCUCCUCCUCCUCCUCCUCUCUCACUCUCCACACCUCAUCACACCCACCACUUCCUGUUCCCCUGCUCCUCCUCCUCCUCCUCCUCCUCCUCCUCUUCCUCCUCCUCUUCGAGGCCUCCUCCCAUGAUGGCGCACUCACGACAGGAUGACUCUUCCGGUUACAGGAGCAUCCUUGGAUUCAGGCAGGAUGUGAACGAACACCCUUUCUUCUCAGAAGCCUGCAUGGGUGGCAGGGAGAUGCCGUUCAGGCUUGGCCCAGUGGAGGAGGAAGAGAAGCACUACUUCGUGCUUGGUGCUGAUUUCAAGACACAGAGAAAAGGUGAGGCCGAGAGGGAGGAGCCAGCACAGAACCUGAGGCCAUUCCACUGCUUUCUUGAUGAGAAACCAUCGAGGGUGGUGGAUUCUUGGUUGGGCAUGGCGGUGGAUCAGUCGAAGCAAGCGCCAGACCUGAAGACGCGGCUCUCCAUCACCAUUCCUGUGGCGAAUCACGACAUGCCUGUGACUGCGCCGCCGUGUUACAGUGAUGGUUGAGUAAAAGCCUCAUGGCUGCGCAUGAUUUGCCUCUCCUGCCGACAGAUAUAUUGCUGGGAUGAACGAAGAGCGGUUGCUUUGUUGUUUUCGGUUCUCUCUCUGUUCUUAAACUUGGAAAGACCUUCUCGAGUUCCAUGUAUCUUCACUUACCUGCUUAAGAUGUGACUUCUCCUCACUUGGCUCAGUUUCACUGGAUUCAUUCUACUUUCCCAACUCGAUGGAGAUCGGACAUCAAGACACGUCCAACUAAAUAAACCACUAGCCUUCACUAAAUAAAGGCAGCAAAACAGACGAAAGGUUCCUCCGUCUUCUUCAUGCUAAUGCAGUUAAUAGUGUCUGCAGUGUUGUCUUAAGAAGCUCCAGUGAUGGAAUAGCAGUUUUUGCUGCCUUGUUUCUUGAACGAUGCUCAUUAGAUUUUGUGAAUCUGUGUUCACAGCCAUGCGACGAACAAAUCCUUUGCUCUCACAACACUUUUAGAUGAGCCCUAAAAUAGACAAGAAAACAUCAACUAGAAGUCUUCUUUGGUGCCUACAACAAUUAUUG